AUGUCUUCUCAGCCAUCUACAGCCCCAACCACCUCCGCAUCGAGCGUUGCGCCGCUUCAACUCAUCAGUGAUUCGGCCAGCACUUAUGCCCGCCCAACACCCCCAGACGAACCGGUGGUCUUUUUCUCGGCCCUACGAACUCGUCGGCCUAUGGUACCCUUCCGAUCAUUCUCGGCUCACACACCUACCAUCACGCCUCGCUUCAACACCGGUAACUCUCAUGAACCGCUAAAGUCUAUGUGUGAAGCUAAGGAGACAAAAUCCGAGGAACGCAAGCCUCAAAUAACCAUGUCGGCCGACAAGAGAGAAAGGAUCCUGAAGUGGAUCGAGGCUUCUUGUGUAAAGCUUGAGGAAUGA